AUGGGCACGCCGUCUUCACCGACCUCUGUCGAAGAACCACCAGCUUCAAUUUCACCACCACUACCAUUUGACAUAUCAUCUUUGUCUACUAAUGAUAAAUCAAUACUUCAUUCAAUAUCUGAUGAUAACAAUGACACGUCAACGAUAACACAUCUAUCAACUAAUAUCGACCAGAACUCUCAAGAACUUGUUAAUCACUUGUCAGAACAUGAUUCUCAUCAAUUACUAGAUAAAUCUACAGAUGAUCAUGAUAACGAACAGUUGAAACAAGAUGUACAAUCAAUCAUGUCUCAGCAAUUAGUAGAAGCAGAUCAAAUAAAUACCUCUCAAUCGGUUCUAUCAAACUCCUUGCCGAUAUCGGUUGAACCUAGUGACAACAUUUCUAUAACAUAUGGAGUUGACUGGAGUGAUCAUGCUUCUCCAACAUCUCACUGUUGGUUUCCACUUACAGCGAAUGAUUCAUCGAUUGCUCACUUAUGUGUAUACAUGUCUUGUACUAAUUCAAACUUAAUAGAUCCAUCAACACUUGUACGUUGUGAAACAUGUGCUCUAGUCGUGCAUUCACAUCAUUUGAAUGAAUUACAAACGGCUAAAACUCAUUUUCUUCCACAUUGUCGUCCAUCAUUUGUUGAUAACACAAUGUUAAAAAAUUUUCCUCCCACUAACGAACAUAAUUCAUCACUCUAUGAUCAACAUUUUUGGUCUCAUGUACCUGUACUUCCAAAACCGUGUUUGCAUUGUCAACAGAUAUCAAUGAAGAAGACUCUGUCUCGUAGUAUAAGCGAUCUAUCAUUGACAAAAUCUUCUUUAGAUAUCACUGGUCAAUUUAAAUCGAUGUUGAGUUAUAUACCGAGAAAUUUCAGAUCAACAACCUCUGAAUCUUCGAAUGGUAUGGUUUGUUUAUGGUGCUCACAAGUCUAUCAUCGAUCAUGUUGGGCACGUGUUGCUGUUAACAAUGACAAGCUAUGCUGUGACUAUGGAGCAUUUCGUGAUAUUAUUGUUCGACCACAUUGGCUCAGUCGUUCUACCGAAUCUUCAGCUGGUUUUCGAGCUCAGUUACCUUCGCAUUUAACCAAUAAUAGUUCUGAAUCGAAAUCUUUUCCUUAUACACCCGUUAUUAUCUUCAUAAAUAAACGUUCUGGCGGUCAAGUUGGAGAAAAAAUCUAUCGAGAACUCUUACAAAAACUUAAUCCACGUCAAGUAUUUCUCCUAGAAAACAACGAUACGAUUACUCAUGCUCUCGAAAUCUAUUCUUCGUUACCGAAUACUCGUAUUUGUGUUUUUGGUGGUGAUGGUACAGUCGGUUGGGUUCUUGGUCGUCUAGCUGAUGCUUAUCCAUCAAGCGAUAAUCCACCAGUAGGCAUUUGUCCUCUAGGUACUGGCAAUGAUCUUUCACGUGUAUUAGGUUGGGGUGAACAAUAUGAUCCAAAACAUCUUUGUCAUACACUCUUACAAAUUCCUCAUGCUCAACCGACUGUACUCGAUCGUUGGGAAGUCAAGCUUGAAGAAUUCAAUGCCUCGACGUUGACUAUAUCCGAACAAAAACAACCCGAGAGUGAAUCUAAUAUUCGUGAAAGAUCUCAAUCAUUAUCCAAACAAUUACCAACAUUCGUUCGUGAAACUAAUCGAGACUUUUAUCAAAAUUACCACCAAUUACCAAACACACACUUUAUCAAUUACAUGAGUUUCGGUUUAGAUGCAGCUGUUACUUUAGCAUUUCAUCAUGAACGUAUACAUAAUCCGUCAAAAUUUUCAUCACCCUGGAAAAAUAGGUUCAUGUAUGUAAACGAAAGUUUUAAACAUUUCGAAGAUUUUACUCGAGCAAAUUCGUGGAAUCUUAGCCCCUACAUUCAUUUAACAUACAAUGGCCAUGAUCUGACUGAUCUCAUACGUGAUAGUCAUACGCUUAUUGUACUUAACAUUCCGGGUUAUGCAUCUGGUACAGAUCCAUGGGGAAGAUCGACAUUCGCAAGUACAGGCAGUUCGCCCAAAUCACCGACUGACAUUCAUGAAACAUAUUUAAUGGUUACUCCGAACGAUAAUGAUACGAAUGACAUGACCAAUUCAUCGAUGACAUCAGUCUCAUGUGAUUUCUUCGAACAACAAAAUUUUGGUGAUAAAAAAAUUGAAGUUGUCGCAUUAAGUACUACACAUAUGGCUUCGUUGCAUAUUGGUUAUCGUGGCAAUCGGGUCGCUCAAUGUGAUUGUUUGCGUAUUGAACUUUGCUGUCCAAUGACAGCGCAAAUGGACGGUGAACCAUUCUAUUUUCCAACACCGACAGCUAUUAACAUUACUCAUGCUGGACAAGUAUUUGUGUUAAAUAAUGAGAAGAACUAG